AAGUAAACUUUCAUUUCACGUUUCACGAGCUGCAAAGUGAACAGUUGUGCGAGAAUGUUGCUGCGACGAUAGUAACAAAAAACACUUGUAAACUUUAAAUAAUAGUAACAUGUGAAAGUUUAUUUUUUUUUCUGUUCGUUUUGUUAGUUCGUUUUAAUUACAUAUCGUGCAAGUAACUUUUGUACCUAAAGUGACAAACAUGGGCGUUACAAAUCACAGGAAGUUUUCAAUUGAAAACACCCACGUAUUAGCACAAUUUUUACUUCUGGUUAUUUUUGCCAAUAACCAAUGGGUGGCAAGUCAACUUGUAGACACAGAUUUCGCCCCGCAAGUAUCGGCCACGUGUAAGGCCGGACAUAUGAACAUACGAGUGAGAUUCAACAAUUCCUUUUACGGAGCCAUACACGCCAGGGAUUACCGAACGCCAGCCUGCAUGACCAAUGGGGACGGUGGUGAGCUGGUGACGUUGGAUAUCAAUCUUCUUGCCGCCCAGGGAUCGCCUGAUUAUUGUGGAUUGAUUAUCAAUAACAAAACAGAAGAAAGGUCAGUUCCGAUCGCCGUUAGAAUACACAAGACGUUAGAAUUAGCCGACGACAAAUUCUACGUGAUUACGUGCGGCAAGGCCGGUUUUCGUAAUGCGAAAAACGAAACUUCGCUAGUGUCUCUCAGGCUAAUCGAGGACGAGAAAAAAGUCAUCCAAACGGUUUACGGCCGCCCAUACACUCUACGGGCGGAAAUAUCGAAACCGGACGGCACCUACGGAUUCAAAGUCCGGUCCUGCUUUGCAUUCGAUAAAUUGAACAGUAGCGUGCCUCUGAUCGAUGACAAGGGAUGCCCGAUUAACAGGGACGUCAUCGGGCCCUUCAGUUAUGACGAGGCCAAAGGGGAAGCAAACGCACAACUUACUUCGAUGUUCAAGUUCCCUAAUAGUUCGGAAGUUCACUUUCAGUGUGACAUAGUUCUUUGCAAGGGCCGUUGCUCUCCGUCUUCCUGCGACUCUUCUUCCGUAGCUGUCAAAGGUGCUGACAACGAGGAAGGCGUCGUGAUGGCUGCAACAAGUGUGUUCGUCCUCGAUCCUUCGGAAGCCUUCUUGGCGUCCCAGGAAGUGUGCGAAGAAAAGAUCCAUCCUUCCUGGCUCCUGUGGCUGUGUAUUGCUUUAGGUGUAUUAUUACUUAUUAUGCUCCUUAUUAACAUCUUCCUGUGCUCAGCGAUGACUUGCGCGUGCGCAAGGACAGAAAUAAUCGAGAAGGAACCGAGCAUGAUCGAAGACUACGAUCCUUACAGGUCCUGGCACGGAAGUCAGUACGGAUCAAGGUACUCCCUAAAUGGGGCACCCCAACACCCCAAAGGUUACACGUCCGGGGGUUCAACAAUGAACUCCACGAGAUCUAUAUCGUCUCACAGCGAUCACUACGCAAUCGUCCAUUCUCGUCCAGCUAGUCGUUACAAACAUGGACCACCGUCGCAUAUUGGGAGCCAUUACAGUGGAAAAUAAGUUUCUGUUUGACCUAUUUUUUAUUUUUUUUUUAUUACUUAAUCAAUUAAUUAAAUUUACCUUCGCCAAUUGGUUAUAAUCUCGCCUGAAAUUGCUUAAGAUUUACGCGGCUAAUGACGACGCAUUUUUUUUUUUUAUUGCCAUCACCACCGUAACUUUCUCCGUUUCUCUUAUUAUCCGCCUUUCUCCGAAUAUAGUCAUUUAUUUACGGUAAGAUCAAC